GUCUCUCUCUGGUACUUCACUCCAUCUUGUGUUGUGACGCAGAUGUUUCCUCCAGGUUAAACUUUUGGUGUACUUCCUGUUCUUUGUGUAGCAGCAGUUUUUUACUUUCACUUUGUCUUGUUGUGACGCAGAUGUUUGCUCCACGUUAAACAUCUGCAGGUGAGGACUCUGCUAUGAGUCAGUGUAAGGACAGAGAGGAGGGAGCCCCUCCCUCUAAAACCACUCUGUGUGGGGACCAUGACAGCCAGACCAAAGCUCAGAGGAUGCAGCAGCAGAAACCUGAACCCAGCUGUGUGUCCAUGAAGAGUGACUGGUCUAUGGAUCGUCCUAUUACCUUUAAAGAUGGACAAGCUGUUGAUGAAAGAGUUCACCAGGAGAGCUCAGAGGGCCUCGGUGGUCAGUCUGACCUGCAGCCGCAAACAGACCUGGACUCCAUAUUUAUGCUGUUGGAGGAAAGUAUCGUCACGUUUGUAAAGAACGAGCUGAAGAAGUUUCAGAAGGUUCUGAGUCCAGAUUACCCAGAAUGCUUAGAGAGUCAGAGGGAGGAUGAAGAUGUGUUGGACAGUGAGGAUGAAGAGCAGAGGAGGAGCAGCAGAGAGGCAUUUCUGAAUAUUACACAUCACUUCCUGAAGAGAAUGAAGCAGGAGGAGCUGGCUGAUCAUCUGAAGAGCAAAAGUCAUUCUGGAAUUUGUCAGCGUAAACUCAAGACUAACCAGAAGAAAAAGUUCCAGUGUGUGUUUGAGGGGAUUGCUAAAGCAGGAAACCCAACCCUUCUGAAUCAGAUGUUCACAGAGAUCUACAUCAUGGAGGGAGGGACUGCAGAGGUCAACGAUGAACAUGAGGUCAGACAGAUUGAAACAGCAUCCAGGAAACAAGACAGACCAGAAACAAUAAUCAGACAUGAAGACAUCUUUAAAACCUUACCUGGAAGAGAAGAACCAAUCAGAACAGUGAUAACAAAGGGAGUGGCUGGCAUCGGGAAAACAGUCUUAACACAGAAGUUCACUCUGGACUGGGCUGAAGGCAAAGCCAACCAGGACAUCCAGUUUAUAUUUCCAUUCACUUUCAGGGAGCUGAAUGUGCUGGAUGAGAAAAAGUACAGCUUGGUGGAACUUGUUGAUUGCUUCUUCAGUGAAACCAAAGAAGCAGGAAUCUGCAGGUUUGAAGAGGUUGUGUUCAUCUUUGACGGUCUGGAUGAGUGUCGACUUCCUCUGGACUUCCACAACACUGAGAUCCUGACUGAUGUUACAGAGUCCACUUCAGUGAAUGUGCUGCUGACAAACCUCAUCAGGGGGAAACUGCUUCCCUCUGCUCGCGUCUGGAUAACCACACGACCUGCAGCAGCCAAUCAGACCCCUCCUGAGUGUGUUGACAUGGUGACAGAGGUCAGAGGGUUCACCGACCCACAGAAGGAGGAGUACUUCAGGAAGAGAUUCAGAGAUGAGAAGCAGGCCAGCAGAAUUAUCUCCCACAUCAAAACAUCACGAAGCGUCCACAUAAUGUGCCACAUCCCAGUCUUCUGCUGGAUCAGUGCUACAGUUCUGGAGGAGGUGUUGAAGACAAUAGAGGAAGGAGAGCUGCCCAAGACCCUGACUGAGAUGUACAUCAACUUCCUGGUGGUUCAGUCCAAACUGAAAAAAAUCAAGUAUGAUGGAGGUGCUGAGACAGAUCCACACUGGAGUCCAGAGACCAGGAAGAUGAUUGAGUCUCUGGGAAAACUGGCUUUUGACCAGCUGCAGAAAGGCAACCUGAUCUUCUAUGAAUCAGACCUGACAGAGUGUGGCAUCGAUAUCAGAGAAGCCUCAGUGUACUCAGGAGUGUUCACACAGAUCUUUAAAGAGGAGAGAGGACUGUACCAGGACAAGGUCUUCUGCUUUGUCCAUCUGAGUGUUCAGGAGUUUCUGGCUGCUCUUCAUGUCCAUCAGACAUUCAUCAACUCUGGAGUCAACCUGCUGACAGAAAAACAAUCAACAUCCCUGCUGCCUAAUGCCUUCAGAGUCGAACCUAAAGUAAAACGUCUCUAUCAGAGUGCUGUGGACAAGGCCUUAGAGAGUCCUAAUGGACACCUGGACUUGUUCCUCCGCUUCCUCCUGGGUCUUUCACUGCAGACCAAUCAGACUCUUCUACGAGGUCUGAUGACACAGACAGGAAGUAGCUCACAGACCAAUCAGAAAACAGUUGAGUACAUCAAGACAAAGAUCAGUGAGAAUCUGUCUGCAGAGAGAAGCAUCAAUCUGUUCCACUGUCUGAAUGAACUGAAUGAUUGUUCUCUAGUGGAGGAGAUCCAACAGUCCCUGAGAUCAGGAAGUCUCUCCACAGAUAAACUGUCUCCUGCUCAGUGGUCAGCUCUGGUCUUCAUCUUACUGUCAUCAGAAAACAAUCUGGACGUGUUUGACCUGAAGAAAUACUCUGCUUCAGAGGAGGCUCUUCUGAGGCUGCUGCCAGUGGUCAACGCCUCCAACAAAACUUUAUUAAGUGGCUGUAACCUGUCAGAGAGAAGCUGUGAAGCUCUGUCAUCAGUUCUCAGCUCCCAGUCAUCUAGUCUCAGAGAGCUGGACCUGAGUAACAACAAGCUGCAGGAUUCAGGAGUCAAGCUGGUGUCAGCUGGACUGAAGAGUCCAGCCUGCAGACUGGAAUCUCUCAGACUGAGUGGCUGUAACCUGGCAGAGAGAAGCUGGGAAGCUCUGUCCUCAGUUCUCAGCUCCCAGUCCUCUAAUCUGAGAAUGCUGGACCUGAGUAACAACGAUCUGCAGGGUUCAGGAGUGAAGCAUCUGUCCUCUGGACUGAAGAGCCCACACUGCAGACUUGAAACACUCAGGUUGAUUGGCUGUAACCUGUCAGAGAGAAGCUGUGAAGCUCUGUCUUCAGUUCUCAGCUCCAAGUCCUCUAGUCUGAGAGAGCUGGACCUGAGUAACAAUGACUUGCAGGAUUCAGGAGUUGAGCUGGUAUCUCCUGGACUGAAGAGUCCACACUGCAGACUGGAAACUCUCAGUCUCUCAGGCUGUCUGAUUUCAGAGGAUGGCUGUACUUCUCUGGCCUCAGCUCUGAGCUCUAACCCUUCCCAUCUGAGAGAGCUGGACCUGAGCUACAAUCAUCCAGGAGACUCAGGAGUGAAUCUGCUUUCUACUUUACUGGAGGAUCCAAACUGGAGACUGGACACUCUCAGGGUGGACCAUGGUGGACCACAGAGACUGAGACCUGGUGUGAGGAAGUAUUUCUGUGAACUGGAACUGGACACAAACACAGUAAACAGAAGACUCAAACUGUCUGACAACAACAGGAAGGUGACAGGUGUGGAGGAGAAACAGUCAUAUCCUGAUCAUCCAGACAGAUUUAACCACUGGACUCAGCUGCUGUGUAGAGAUGGUCUGACUGGUCGCUGUUACUGGGAGGUCGAGAGGAGAGGAAAGGUUAAUAUAUCAGUGAGUUACAGAGGAAUCAGAAGGAAAGGAGACAGUAAAGAGUGUAAAAGUUUGUUUGGAUGGAAUGAUCAUUCCUGGAGUCUGUACUGCUCUGAUGAAGAUGGUUACUCUGUCUGUCACAAUAACAGAAGAACAUCCAUCUCCUCCCCCUCCUCUAACAGAGUAGCAGUGUAUGUGGACGUUCCUGCUGGCUCUCUGUCCUUCUACACAGUCUCCUCUGACUCACUGAUCCACCUCCACACCUUCAACACCACAUUCACUCAACCUCUUUAUCCUGGGUUUAAUGUCUGGUCUGGUUCCUCAGUGUCUCUGUGUCCUCUGCAGGACUGAGAGUCUCUCCUGUGGACAGAAACACUGACUGAAGAUCAGCUGCUGAAAUCAAAGUUCAGUCUGUUCACCAUCACACACACACUCUGCACUGUGAAGCAGAUCUGAGACUCAAACACAAAAACAUUCAUCUGAUUUCAUCUCUGGGAUUAUCAACAUUUGAUCUGUUGGACUAAAAACUCUUCAUGAUAUGUAACAUCUAAAUAAUAAUAAACUGUUAUUGGUUACUAUUAUGUCAUUUAUAUUUUGAAUCAUGUUGUAAUAUAUUUAAAAUUUGGAAAACAAAUGUUUCUAUAAACAAUCAUCAUAUAGUCUAAUGUUUGUAAAUGCUUUUAAUAAAAUCUAUACGUUUCAUCUUGA